GAAGAGGGUUUCUAAAUUUUAACAAAAGAUUGAGUCUUUGCUAAUUAUGGGAACCAAAUCAAGAAGAAAUCUUUAGAUACACUCUAAUUUCAAGCUCAUAUUUUUACCUUCAAGAUUCCAUUUUUUUAAAGUUCUUGUUUUUUAUUUUAAUUUUAAUUAUUUUUGGGAGUUCAUCAAUGGAUGCUGCUGCAUUUGUCUUCUUCUUGUUUUCAUCAUUCUUGUUAGUGUUGACCACACUCCCACAAGCAAAAUCAGGAGAUGCAGAGGCUCUGUUAUCUCUAAGGGCUUCAAUUGACCCUUUGACCAAGCUUCAAUGGUCAACGGGAAGCCAUGUUUGCACCUGGCAAGGUGUCAAGCACUGCCUCAAUGGCAGAGUCACAAAGCUGGUGGUGGAGGGUUUCAACUUGACCGGCACGUUAGACGGUCAAAGCCUCAAUCUUUUGGACCAACUCCGAGUUUUGAGCUUCAAACAGAACUCGCUCUCCGGCGAAAUCCCGCCGCUCUCCGGCCUAGCGAACCUCAAAUCACUCUUCCUCAACGACAACAACUUCUCCGGCGAGAUUCCGGCCAGCCUCUCCUCCAUGCACCGGCUCAAAGUCGUCGUUUUGUCCGGUAACGGAAUUGCGGGACCCAUCCCUCCUUCGUUCGUCGGUUUGAGCCGAUUGCUCCUGCUUUAUUUGCCAGACAAUCGGUUAACCGCUCAAGUUCAGGGGUAUUUUCGUAAUUUACUCUUACGACGCGGUUUUUUCUUAACUGCAUGUGCAGGAUCAAGAACGACAGGCGGAUCAAAGCCGCUCCACUGGACAUCCUGUCUGAAAAUAGCACAGGACUUAGCCACAGGGUUGCUCUACAUCCAUCAAAACCCGGGCCUAACACACGGCAACCUCAAGUCCACAAACGUCCUCUUAGGGCCCGAAUUUGAGUCCUGCCUAACCGAUUACGGGCUAAGCCCGUUUAGAAACCCGGACCCGCAAGAAGAAUCCAGCGGGGCCUCCUCCCUCUUCUACCGGGCACCCGAAUGCCGGGACCCCCGCAGGCCGCUAACCCAACAAGCCGACGUCUACAGCUUCGGAGUCCUCCUACUGGAGCUCCUAACCGGAAAAACCCCGUUCCAAGAUUUGGUCCAGGAACACGGGCCGGAUAUACCUAAAUGGGUGAGAUCCGUCCGCGACGAGGAAACCGGGUCGAGCGACGAGCCCGUUUCGGAGGAGAAAGUCGGUGCGCUUUUGAAUAUCGCGAUGGAGUGCGUGAACCUUUCGCCGGAGAAUCGGCCGCCGGUUAGGGAGGUUCUGAGGAUGAUCGGAGAAGCUAGGGCGGAGGGGAAUCACUUGUCUUCGAAUACUAGUAGCGAUCAUUCUCCGGGGCGGUGGUCGGAUACUGUGCAGAGCUUGCCUAGGGAGGAGCACUUGAAUAUCUGAGUAGGGAUUAUUUUUCAUAUAAAUAUAUAUAUGUAUAUAUACAUAUAUAUAUAUAUGUGUGUGUGUGUGUGUGUGUGUGUGUGUGUGUGUUAUUUUUUUUGCUCACUAUUAAAUCAAAUUUCAAGAUUUGAUGAUGCUAGAUCAUUGGUCUAUUAGAUGUUCAGGUAGGAGGAUGAAGUGAAGUACACUGGAUAUGUCGAAAACACACAUCCAUGUGGAUGUGUGCGUGUGUGUGUAAACUUCGAGUGUAGUAUGUUGUUUAACUGUUAAAUCAGUUUAUUUAGUUUUCUAGGAAGAAACGAGAGGUUAUUCCAGCUAUAUAUGUCGAGACAUUUUUGCA